AUGGCUCCAUCUGCUCUUAGCAGCACAGCAAACGCUGCGGCCGCUUCAUCGAAGCAGCCCAAUGCUUGGGUCGGCCACCAGGGCGCCGCUGGUUUCGAUCUGAGAAGUGAUACUAUGACAACCCCCACGCCCUCGAUGCUUGCUGCCAUUCAGGCCUGCAGCUUGCUCGAUGAUGUUUUCGCGGAAGACCCCACGACAACCGAGCUGGAGUCCCAUGUAGCUGCCCUCGCCGGUAAGGAGGCCGCCCUCCUUGUUCUGUCGGGAACCAUGGGAAACCAGGUUGCCCUAAGAGCCCUCCUUACCCAGCCUCCUUACAGUGUCCUGUGUGACCACCGCGCCCACAUCAUCAAAUAUGAGGCUGGCGGCGUUGCGUCUCUUUGUGGCGCCAUGAUCAAGCCUGUUGUGCCGAGCAACGGAGCUUAUCUGACACUUGAAGACAUUGUGGCCAAUGCCGAGUUGGAUGACGAUGUUCAUACCUGUCCUACCAAGGUAAUCAGCCUGGAGAACACCCUUAAUGGUGUGGUUACGCCCCUAGUCGAGAUUAAGCGAAUUGUCGAGUUCGCCCGUGAACACAACUUGAAAGUCCACUGUGACGGCGCGAGGCUUUGGGAGGCUGUCGCUUCAGGAGCUGGCAGUCUUUCGGAAUACUGCUCGCUGUUCGACACUGUUAGCCUCUGUUUCUCGAAGGGUCUCGGUGCCCCGAUAGGAAGCAUAGUUGUCGGCGGAUCUCAGCACAUAAAGCAUGCUCGUUGGGUUCGAAAGUCUAUUGGCGGUGGCCUCCGGCAAUCGGGAGUAGUGGCUGCCCCGGCUAGAGUUGCUGUUGAUGAGACGUUCGGAAAGGGGCCUAAUGGUGAAGGCGGUCUUUUGAAAUCUUCCCACGAAACGGCCAAGAAAAUUGAGAAGAUGUGGACUGAUCUAGGGGGAACACUCGUUCACCCAGUCGAGACCAACAUGUGCUGGCUUGACCUUAACGCGGCAGGCUGCAGCACCGAGGCUUUUGUUAGCUUUGGCAAAGAAGUUGGCUUGAAGCUGAUCGGCAACCGACUGGUUAUUCAUUACCAGAUCGCGCAGAACCAAGAAGAAGUGUUACCGAGAUUAGAGCAAGUGUUCCGUCGUGCGUUAGAGGGCGGCAGCAAAGGAUGUUUGGCGAACCAGACACCGUCGAGUAUUUACCGACCGCGGUAA